AACUUUCUCAUGGGUCAAAUCAAAGCCCACUAAACACUUUAGAAUAUUUCGAAGAAAAAACACAACACAAGUGAUUACAUUUUUUCAGCAGAAUCAUAUUCGGUCGGUUUAGUAUUAUAUUUGAAAUAUUUCGUUUGCGAAUUGAUUCACAUACCAACAUGAAAGCAUAAGAAUAACUACGUGGCCAUAUCUACCUUCCACAACUCUUUUCAAUCGAUGGCUACCAAUACACCCAAAGAACCUGAAACUUUCUAUAUAAGAAACCCAUCACUCACAUGCAUUUGACGUAGAACACAAGACAAAACAAACCUCAGUCAUGGCUAGCCGGAGAGAAGUACGGUGCCGUUGUGGUAGAUGGAUGUCGGCUCAACCUGGGGUCAGUUCCAUCCAAUGCACAACCUGCCAUACCGUCACGCAGCUCUCCUCCUCCCUCGUGGACAUAGCGCGUGGUGCGAACCGCGUGCUUCAAGGGCUUCAACAGCUACGUAGACAGCAUAAACAACAGCAACAGCAACAGCAACCGCAACAACAACAAAUAAUGGCUCAACCACCACCACCACCACCACCGAAGAGACAGCAUAAACAACAGCAACAACAAAUAAUUGCUCAACCACCACCACCACCGAGGAGACAGCAUAAACAACAGAAACAGCAACCGCAACAACAAGUAAUGGCUCAACCACCACCACCACCACCGAAGCUGCUCGAGCCUCUUCCUUCCCCAUUUGGGAAGAAGAGAGCAGUUAUAUGCGGCCUGGACUAUAAGGGGAAAAGCUAUAGCUUGGAAGGUUGCAUCAGUGAUGCAAAGUCCAUGAGAACUUUCUUGGUUAAGCAAAUGGGUUUCCCUAUUGACUCUAUUCUCAUGCUCACAGAAGAUGAAGCCAGUCCGCAGAGAAUACCAACGAAGAAAAACAUUAGAAAGGCGAUGAGAUGGUUGGUUGAAGGGAACAGAGCAAGGGACUCACUUGUGUUCCAUUACUCUGGUCAUGGAUCUCAGCAGAAAGAUUACAAUGGAGAUGAAGUCGAUGGUCAAGAUGAAGCUUUGGCCCCUUUAGACCAUGAGACAGAAGGAAAAAUCAUCGAUGACGAAAUUAAUAAGACACUCGUGAGGCCGCUCGUCCAUGGAGCUAAGCUUCACGCUGUCAUUGACGCAUGUAACAGCGGCACUGUCCUUGAUUUACCAUCCGUUUGCAGGAUGGAGAGGAAUGGUUUUUAUGAAUGGGAACAUCAAGCAUCAGGGAGAACUUACAAAGGAACAAAUGGUGGAACAGCUAUAUGUUUCAGUGCUUGUGAUGAUCAUGAAGCCAGUGGUUACACUCCUGUCUUUACAGGAAAGAACGCAGGAGCCAUGACUUAUAGCUUCAUAAAGGCGGUGAAGACAGCUGGACCAGCACCAACGUACGGUCUCCUGCUUAACCUCAUGUGUUCUGCGAUACGAGAAGCCCAGUCUCGCCUCGCCAGUGACGAGAACUACACAAGCCCUGAAGAGACCGCGGAGCCACUUCUAACAUCAUCAGAGGAAUUCGACAUAUAUGCUACAAAGUUUGUGCUCUGAUGAAGGCUGUCACCUAUUCUGCAAAUAACUACUACGCAAACAUCUUCUUUAUCUAUGUGUAUAAAUCAAAUCAUGUAAUGAUAUGUCUGUAGCAUACUUGUGAAAGCUUCAACAAAUUCUCUUCUUUUAAAUAAAUAAAGCUACGAAACUAUUGAGGUUCCCA